UAAUCCUUGUGGGCGGGAUGACUAUCCACCAAGUAAUGUACGCAUCUUUCCAGAACAAGAUCUUCUCAAUCAUACAAGAGAAACAAACUACGCAACGCAAAAUAAAAAAUUUCUACUUUGUCCUCGGAUCGAAACAAGUUGCACCAGAUAUGUUGUUUUCUGACAGCCAGAUUACUAGUGACCAUCUCGAAGGAAUCUUACCUGCCGAGUCAUUGACGUACUGCAUAAUUUUACUUCACUUCGGACACAAUCAAGGGCAAUUUCAUCAAGCAGUUCAAUUUUUUUCACUAAUCCAAAAUGUUCCACCCGGCAGUGACACGGUAGGCUAUCUCCCAACCCCCAUAAACGACGAAAAGAUGAACCUUAUAAACGAGUUCAUUCAAGAUGUCCUAAUUGUUGGUCCUCCUUGUCCGGAUUCUGAGUGUGGAUAUUUCUAUUCCCUUCUCAGAGCUAAAGAACAGGUAUUGGGGGAAGGUGAAAUGCGAAUUCCUUUAUCUGAUGUUCCUAGACGGAAUGAUGGAACCAAACCUUACCUUAGUCUUUCGAGGUGCAGUCCUACGAGUUUUCCUAUGCAACAAUUAGCCUUUGAAAUUGAGAAAGCAACACCGAAAGCGAAAAACGACUGUAAACAACCAAAUACUAAACUCCCAUUCCAACUACUUGGUGUUUCACUACAGGCGACAGCUCAAAAGUUAAUUGUCAACGCCAAAGUAUUCUUUGACAGUAACCAGGUACAGUGUGAAAUACUAACAGGAAACUCUGUCACCAAAACUAGCCAGAUUCUAGGAAUUGGAGAGAGAACAGUUUAUCAGACAAUGGAGAAUUACAAAACGAAUAGUAUAAAAACACCUGGUAAGAAACGUAUUAGACCAACGCCAGUGAUGGAUCAGUUUGACGACUUCCGAACUGAGCACGUUAAACGAAUCAUUCAUCAAUUCUAUGCUAAUAAUCAAGCACCAACAAUGCAUAACGUAUACACAAAACUGAUGGAGGAAGUCAAGGAAGAAGAAGAUGGUCGGAUAGCCCGAGGGGAAACUCUUACAGCGUUCAAAUGUUCCAAGUGGACGUUAAGAAAACUCAUUAAGCAAUUAGGAUUUAGAUUCAAAACUGUUGAUAAGCGAGCAGUUAUCCUCAUGAGAUCAGACAUCGUGCAGAAGCGAUAUGAAUAUCUGUCCGUAAUGAUUAAAAAUCGUCAGUCCGAGAACCCAAAAUGUGUUGUCUACACAGAUGAAACGUGGGUCGAUAGUUAUGCUAGAACUGGAAAAGGCUGGGUUAUUAAUUCACCAAAGUCAUUUCAUGAAGCGGCUUUAUACUCCUUCCAAAACCCGAAAAUUUCUAGAGGACCACGUAUCAUUGUGAUGCAUGCAGGUGGAGAGGAUGGAUUCGUACCUGGCGCUAUGAAGGUAUAUCCAGUAUCAAAGAAGAAAGUCCAGAUGGAUUACCACGCAAACGUUAACGGUGUCGCUUACAUGGCUUGGUGGAAGGAUCUUAAUCAAAAGAUAAAAGAUAAUUAUGGUCCAUGCAUAAUUGUUAUUGAUAACGCUCCGUAUCACAGCACCAAGGAAGCCCCAAAAUCUACAUCCCGAAAACAAGAGCUAUACGACUGGCUGAAUGAUAAUUUAGAGGGCCCUGAAAAGCUGAAACUAAAACCUGUAAAGCAAAUGAGACGACCUGAAUUAUGGAAAAUGGUUCAAGACCUUAAAAACGGAAAUGAAUAUUACAUUGUGGAUAAGGAGGCAUUGAAAUAUGGAAACACUGUUGUCCGAUUACCCCCAUAUAACUGCGACUUGAACCCAAUUGAGUACGUGUGGAAAGACAUCAAGCACGCAGUUAGGGCUGCAAACACACAGGGGACCGCUGAGUUUGCACAAGCUGAGGCUGAGAGAAUUAUGACAACAUACACAAAGGAACAAUGGCAGAAACACAUCAAACAUGUGCACCGGUUCGUAAAACCAAGAUUCGCUAUUAUGGGAAUAAUUCGCAAUUUCUACAUUAUUAUUGUAAAUAGAUUGGAGGACGAGUAUUGGAAAAAUGAUGGACAUUUUGAUGACUUCCUUGAUGACUUCCAAACACGUGUAGCUUCAGCCAACCCCAUUCGAAUUACAGCAGCAGAUGAUGUGUCUGACGACGAAGAUGAGGACCCUGACGAUGUUGACGAAGUAGUUGAUAGAUUCCGAAUGCAAAUACACAAUGAUAUUGAAUACUCACAGGCUGGGGAAGAAGAAGACUUGCCUGAAGAAGAAUGUGCAACUUCUAGGAGGAGAUUAACCUUCCCACCAGAAUCAACCUAGAUUUUAACUUCAAUGGAUUCAAUACAUAAUAAAUAUUAUAAAUAGUGAAU